AUAUUACAAAAACAAAAAAACCAAUCCAGAUAAAAUUAAAGAUUUUAAAGAUCUUAAACUUUUUAAGCUUAACAUCAUUCCUGAAGAAGGUUGUAAUCACAACCGAAACGUCGAAGAAAAAUUAGGAUAAAUGAAUUUGACCUAAAGCCCACAUAGGAGUUAAUAUUAUAUAUUAAAGAAGGUCACGAAGAUAGAAAUAAUUUGUAUUACGGAGGGCACGCCGUAUUUAAACUUUCAAAAUGAAUUUUUAUGAAUAUGUAAGAAACACAUACGGAUUUCAAGUAUGUUCAGAUUUAAAAAGUUUUAGCAAGAUAGGGGUAAGUAAUAUUAAACAUAAAAAUACUUUAGUUUUUCUUCUAAAAUGUAGGGAAUUUGGUUUAAUUCCUGAAUUUAUUCAGAAUUCAACAAAAAAUGUUUCAAUGUUGUUCGAUUUUGAGAAUGGAGAAUGUGAUAGAGGUUUAAAUAAAAAACUUUCUUCAACAUCAAGAAAAUAUCAUUCAAAAUUACUCAAUAUUGCAAUUUCAUUGAAACAAUCGCAAAUCAAAAAUCAAAAUAGAUUAUUAGGUGUGUUUUUUAUUACCACCGGUCUUAACUGGACAAAAAAAAACGCCACGGGGCUUAACCUGAAAUCUUGGCAGCAUUGUAUAUUGAAUGUUCCGAAAACAGCAGACACAACAAAAAUUUAGAGUUGUCAUAUUUUUCGCUUUCGUCAUUUUCUUGUAUUUUUCAUGUAUGUUCUACAAAGACAUACAAAAAUGUAUGCUAGCAAAACUAUUUUAAUACAUUUUGUCCUUCCAAACGUGAGUUUUCACGUUUUUAAACAAAUUCUAAACAAUUUAUGAAAAAAUUAGUUUGGUAGCACAGAUUUAAAACUCUUCAAAAAGUUAAGCCCAGAGAAAUCUCCGGGCUAAACAACUAAGCCCACGGGGCUAAAGUGUUGUUGUUAUUAACAUGUAAAUUGCUUAGCCCCGACUGCGUUUUUUUUGUCCAGUUAAGACCAGUUGUAAUAAAAAACACACCUAUUAGUUGUCUUAGAAAGUAAAAUUAAACGCGUAUUAUUAGAAAAUGAAUAUAGUUAUUUCUUCAGGAGCCAAGAAAUAACAAAAACCAAAAUAAAUGAUAGUACAAAAUUUUCCAAAAAGAGAAAGCUUGGUCAUUAAAAUUUAAAGCUAGACAAGAAAUGAGGAUCAAUUUUAAAGAAAAUUGGUUCGUCAAUAAAACACAGGUAGAAUUCCCAAAGGACACAAAAUGGAUUUUAUCUUUAGGACCAAAAUUUGCGUUACCUAUUAAAAAAGAAAACAUACCAAUGUUUAAAAUGAUUGCCGAUGGAGAAGAGUUAAUAAAAAGUAAAGAACAAAAUGAACAAGAACCUGCACGGUCAUGUUUUACGCAAAUAUUACAGAAUUAUAUGCGAUUUGUAUCAAUUCCUUAUUUGGAUAAAUAUUUGAAUAAAAUAUUUAGUGAUACAAAAAAGUUCUUAAAACGACACCCAGAAAUUUUGAUUGUCCCAGCUGAUAAAGGCAAUGUUACGGUAGCUAUGCUAAGAGAAAAUUAUUUUGCUAAAAUGAAAGAUAUGAUGGCUGAUAGGAAUACUUAUACAAUUUUAAGAAACGACCCAACAAAUAAAGUCCAAAAUAUUAAUAACAACCAUGUUAAACUCUUGUUCAGAAAUAAUUAUAUUAAUGAAUAUGAAAAGAAAUGUAGGACGACUUAUACAGCUAACAGUCCAAAAAUUUACGGAUUUCCAAAAAUCCAUAAACAGAAUGUACCAUUAAUGCCAAUUUGUUCAUCACUAAAAGUCCCAUGUUAUGAGUUGUCUAAAUACAUUGUUAAGGUUUUAAAUAAUAUAACUGUUGACUCAAAAUACAAUGUUAAGAACGCAUCAUCGUUUAUUUCAACUAUUUCACCAAUCAUUUUAGAACAAGAUAAUAUUCUUGUUUCUUUUGACGUUAUUUCGUUAUUUACUAACAUUCCUAUCCCAUUGGUUCUAGAAUUGGUUGAAAAAAGUUGGGAUAAAAUUAAAGAUCAUACCAGAAUUCCAAAAUUAAAAUUUUUAGAAAUCUUAAGAUUUUGUGUUAUAGAUAAUAAUUAUUUAGAAUUUGAUAAAAUUUUUUAUCAACAAAAACAAGGAGUUCCGAUGGGAAGUCCAGCUUCUCCAAUAUUAGCAGAUAUUGUAAUGGAAGCAUUAUUAGAUAAUGUUUUUGAAAAAAUUCCUUAUAAGCCUAAAAUAAUUACAAAAUAUGUUGAUGAUAUUUUUAUCAUCCUUAAAUCUUGUCAUGUUGAUUCAACUCUAACUGCUUUAAACUCGUUUCAUCCGAAAAUUCAGUUUACAGUUGAGUUUGAAAAUAAUGGAAAACUUCCAUAUCUGGAUGUGUUAGUAAUAAGAAGAAAUAAUAGGUUAAUAUUUGAUUGGUACAAAAAACCAACAUCUUCAGGUCGUCUUAUUAAUUUUAAUUCUAAACAGCCUAAACAAGUUAUUAUCAAUACAGCAAAAAAAUUUGUUAAUAGAGUUUUAGAUAUCAGUGACAUUGUCUUUCGUCAAAAAAACAUACAAAUAAUUAUGGAUACGUUACUUUCCAAUUCAUUUCCUUUAAAUAUAAUAAAAACAUUACUGAAUCAAUAUUUCAAUCCAUUGGUUCAGAUAAAUAUAGUAGCAAAUGUUACUCCAUUUUCAUACAAAAGUAUUGUAUACAUUCCAAAUCUUUCCAAUAGAAUGUUAAAUGCUCCAAUAAGAAAUAAAGAUAAUGUUCGUAUAGCUUUCAAAUCGGCAAAUAUCCUAAGAAGUUCAUUGUUUUCGAAUUUAAAAGGUGAACUUAAUAAAAAUGAAAAAUCAAAUAUUGUCUACAAGAUAAAAUGCUUAGGUGAUGGAAUAAUAAAUUGUCCUUCCGUUUAUGUAGGAACGUCUAUGCAAAAACUUAAAAAUCGUUUAGCUGGUCAUAGAUCAGAUAUUAAUAGCGGACAUUCACAUAAGACAGCAUUAGCUUUGCAUUGCAUAGAUGAAGGACAUAGACCAGAUUUCAAUAACGUUGAUAUUAUACAGACAGAAAAACACUAUAGCAAACGUAUGUUACUAGAAAUGUUACAUAUUUUAAAUACAGAUAAUACGGUUAAUAGGAGAUCUGAUUGCGAAGGGUUGAGCAAUAUUUAUAGUCAGUUUGUGCAUAGAAAUAUUUUAGGCUAAAUAUUUAGGUAUAUUUGACUUGAAUUUUGAAGAUCAUUUUUGAUUAGAAGUUCAAAAUUUUGAAUUUCUUAUCAAAUGUGAAAUUUAGAUUUCAUUAUUUUAAAAUUUCGAUUGAUAGAAACGUCUUUAUCAAGACUUCAUUAAUUGAAUUUUAAAAUAUUACAAAAACAAAAAAACCAAUCCAGAUAAAAUUAAAGAUUUUAAAGAUCUUAAACUUUUUAAGCUUAACAUCGUAAGUAUAGAUUUUUAUUUUCUUUUUAAUUAUUAUAUUUUAGACUAAGAAUAUUUAUUUUAGAUUCCUGAAGAAGGUUGUAAUCACAACCGAAACGUCGAAGAAAAAUUAGGAUAAAUGAAUUUGACCUAAAGCCCACAUAGGAGUUAAUAUUAUAUAUUAAAGAAGGUCACGAAGAUAGAAAUAAUUUUUAAGUUUAUCAUGACGGAAGAUGAAAAAUCUGCGUUCGAGGAGUUGAAAAGAGCCUUAAUGACGGCCCCAGAUUUAGUACGACCGAAUUUUACUAAGCGCUUCUUUAUCCAGUGUGACGCUAUUCCAAACAUACGAUGAGGUUAAGUUUCCGAUCUACUUCUCACAAAAGUUAAACACUUGCCAAAGGAAUCAUAGUGUAACCGAGAAGGAGUGUAUGGCAGCAGUAAUGGCAGUGAAAAAGUUCCGUACCUAUGUCGAGGGUAUAGACUUUACCAUAAUAACCGAUCACUCUUCUCUAAAAUGGCUUACGUCUAUAAAGGACAUUAGCGGUCGAUUGGCCAGGCGGAGCCUAGAAUUACAGUCCUAUAUCUUCCACAUAGAGCAUAGGAAGGGUUCACUGAACGUGGUGCCAGAAGCUCGAGCAAUAAGCAGUGCGCGCUCUUACCCACUGAGCGAUCUUACCCCAAAUGACUCUAUGGACCAAUAUUUUGUGAAGAGUAAGCGUGAGUAGUUUUUCAGGAUUAUUUCAAACAAAUUGUUAUGCGAUGUAUUCAUUUUAAAUAUUUUUAAGCUAUUGCCUAGAUUUUAACGCAGGCCUGGCAUGGGGAGCUUAACGUUGCGCCCGAUUUCGAGAUUCAUAUCGCUGUACGAGGUAGCCGAAUGUAUGAGAAAGGCAAAUCUCACGUUAAGAAAUCCAAAUUUUGCUUUAAAGAGCUCAAAUAUUUGGGUUUCAUCGUUGGUGGUAGGAAUUCGGAAACAGAUCCCGCCAAGGUAGAAGCGAAUUUUCCCAUGCCGAAAAAUUCAAGGUAAGUUCGAAGGUUACUGGGUCUAGCUGUGUGGUAUAGGAUGUUUAUAAGAAACUUUUCUAUCUUGACCGCUCCACUAACGACACGUUGAAGAAAAAGUAUAUUAAGUUUAUCAUGACGGAAGAAGCAAAAUCUGCGUUCGAGGAGUUGAAAAGAGCCUUAAUGACGGCCCCAGAUUUAGUACGACCGAAUUUUACUAAGCGCUUCUUUAUCCAGUGUGACGCUAUUCCAAACAUACGAUGAGGUUAAGUUUCCGAUCUACUUCUCACAAAAGUUAAACACUUGCCAAAGGAAUCAUAGUGUAACCGAGAAGGAGUGUAUGGCAGCAGUAAUGGCAGUGAAAAAGUUCCGUACCUAUGUCGAGGGUAUAGACUUUACCAUAAUAACCGAUCACUCUUCUCUAAAAUGGCUUACGUCUAUAAAGGACAUUAGCGGUCGAUUGGCCAGGUGGAGCCUAGAAUUACAGUCCUAUAUCUUCCACAUAGAGCAUAGGAAGGGUUCACUGAACGUGGUGCCAGAAGCUCUUUCUCGGGCGCAGCUAGAUGCGAUAGAGUUAGAACUAAAAGUCCGUUGGAUAGAUUUGGAAUCUGAAGAGUUUAAUAUCUUCCGAACGUUGUCAAAAUUUGUUUGUCAAAAUUUGUUUGUCGAAAAUAGGCACCAAUCUGUCACGUCGGCUUUUAAUAUUUAUAUUUAUUUCAAUCGCAGUAAACAGGAAACUUGUUUUUGUUUCAAUUUAUAAAAUGUCAUUUGAAAAAAUUAUAAAUUGAAAAAUAACAAAUAAUAACAAAUUUUCUUCAUAUUUCUUCUUCAUAUAAAUGUUAAAAAAUUAGUGUUGUGCGUGGUUUUUCUGUUUUUGAGCGUUUUACUUCAGUAAUUUAAAACAAUUAAGAAUUACGGUAGCUGACAUUAGUCGCCAAAUUGUCAUGCUUUGACAAUGUGGCAACCAAUGUCAGUUUGGAAGAUAUUUAAAGCAGAAACACAAUCACGAUUUGCCAGACGCGUGGUCGUGUGACGUUCAGAAAUCCUCAAAGUGCGCUUCUGCCACUUUGACUUUGAACAGCUGAUUAAAACAUAAAAUAUGCUGUCAAAUUUAAAAACUAAGUCACUCACAAAAUUAUUGGGCCAAGUUUUUGUCUUGAUUGUGGUAAAUAAAUAUAAUUUUCUUCACAAAAAAAAUUUAAACAACCACUCAAGUAUUUGACAAGUGGUCCAUGAAGUCAAAAAUGUAGAAGUUUUGCUAAUCACUCCAUCACGCCUUCAAAAUUUUGGGAGUGAAGAAUUCACUCCAAAAAUUCACUCCUUUUUCAAUUUUGGAAUUUGAAAUCACUCCUUUUAGAAGUGAUUAUAUAGCUAGGUGUGACACUUUUUGAAUUUUGGAAAACUACAGUAGAAAAAGCUUCAUUAGGUGUGUUUUUUUGUUUAUCUAUAUAGAUUUUGUGCAAAAAAACGACAUCGAGAUUUUUGAAAUCAAAACAAUUUACGUGUUAAAAACAACAAAAACUUUAUCUGUAUAGAUUUUUGAAAAAUCCAGAUAAUUAUCCAGAUUUUACUUUCUCUCGAUAAAAACAGUAGUGCCAAGGUAGUUUAAUUGUUGUGUUCAUACAGAAAUAUCUGAAAAUAUUAACAAAAAAAAAAAGCGGAGAAAACGAGGUUUGAAAAAAACUCUCAUAGAAAAAAAUAAUAAAAAAUUUGUUUGACAUGGUUGCAUUGAAAUGUUAAUAUCUCGAGAUAUACGCAAUGCACUUUUCAGAUAAAAGUCUUAAAUGGAUCCUGAUAAGAUUGUUGAACAGAUAUGUAUAUAAAAUUACCAAAGUUUUUUCGAAAAAUUAGAAAUAAAAAUAAAAAAGUUUUCACAUUUGAUUUUUAAAAAAUCGAAAAAAAAUUCAAUAUGGCCUGGCCACCUUCAAACGCUUAUAACACAAGAACGACGCAACUAAUGUUAAUGGUCAUGGUCUUAAAAUGUAGCUAAGAAUAUACAGAUAAUUUUUGGUUUUUUGUGAAAAAACAAUUUUUUUGAAUCCAACAUGGAUGCCAUGGCCAUAUGAAAAUUUUUGUUUGCAUCCAACAUGGAUGUAAUGGCCUUCCCACUUCGGAGUUAAAAUAAAAAAAAAACAAAAGCAACAUUUUUGACAGACAGCUGCCAAAGUAUGUGUACAGUGGUGCCAAAUGUUUGCAUGGAUUUCAAAAAUCCCGAUGUCGUUUUUUUGCACAAAAUCUAUAUAGAUAAACAAAAAAACACACCUAUUGUAAGAGAUUACACAAAUUUCGUAUGGUUGAACUUUUGGCAGUUGUCAAAAUCGACGGCAAAGCGUGAUUGUAUUUCUGCAUUUAUCUUUUUAUGUUUAUUGUGAAUGAGCGGUACAUGUAUUUGCUUUCAAGCACGAAAACUGAGUUCAGAAAAGACACUCCGACCUCAAAACGAGAAAAACGGGGUUGCACUCACACACUUGCAACUUUUUGUGUAUGAACACAAAGUUGAAGGAGAAAUCGUGGUGAAAAAACCAAUACAUAUAAAAUCUGCUCCGCGGUGAUUAUAAUUUCCAUACUAAUUUGAGCCGCCCUACCCUUCAAGCAAACAAGUCCGACCUCGGUCAAAAUCCGCUCCGCCUCAGGCGGAGCUGAAUCCGACUUCGGCUCAGAAACGGGUCCGAAGGCGGCUCAAAUUAGUAUGGAAAUUAUAAUCGAAAUUAUAAACGACUUUGUGCUCAUACACAAAAAGUUGCAAGUGUGUGAGUGCAACCCCGUUUUUCUCGGUCGGAGGUCGGAGUGUCUUUUCUGAACUCCGUUUUCUUGCUUGAAGGGUAGGGACCCGUUUCGUAGUCAAGGUCGGACUCAGGCGGAGCGGAUUCAGACCGAGGUCGGACAAUACAUAUAAAAUCUGCUCCGCGGUGAUUAUAAUUUCCAUACUUAUUUGAGCCGCCCUACCCUUCAAGCAAAGAAGUCCGACCUCGGUCCGAAUCCGCUCCACCUCAGGCGGAGCUGAGUUCGACUUCGGCUCAGAAACGGGUCCGAAGGCGGCUCAAAUUAGUAUGGAAAUUAUAAUCACCGCGAAGCUGAUUUCAUGUUUAUUGGUGUGGUGAAAAUCUCCAGUUCAAGAAAAUGGAGCCGAAGUCGUACCCGAGUCGGAGCUGCGAGAACCUACCAGAAAAGGAACAAAAAAAAAAGAAAUAACGGAUUUGCGACCAAAAAAAGAACAAUAAUUUCGUCGCCCUAGUAUUUAAGUGCCGUAUACGCCAUUUUUACAUUUUUGGGAAAUCGCAUUUAAAUGUUCGGAAGAUAAUUGCGAAAGAACUAACCGCUGGUGUUUUUUGAUAUUUUAGUAUGAUAUAUAAUUUAAAUGUGUCUUUUAUAUGCAUGUUAUUGGACAUCUGCAAUUCGUUUAGUUUUCAAAAUACAUACAUUUUUGUCCAAAAUGAGUUUUCCGUAUACGCCAUGAAAAUCAGAAGUUUCUUUUAUUCAUAUACACGUACGUCAAAAAAAAACAUAACGUACGUCAAAACAAUUCUCAAAAUUUUCUUGCAUUGCAUGCAAAAUUUGACGUAAAUGCCAAAAUUUUUGUCAAAACAAUAGUGAAUAUCUCGGCAACGAAAAAAGAUAGAAAAAAACGGAUAGCAGAUUUGAAAAGAGCAACUUCGAAAACAUACGACUGCAUACCUAGUUCAAAAAAUGCAAUUUGGCGUAUACGGCACUCCAAUACUAGGGCGACGAUUUAUUUUUUGUUUUUUUCGUUGAAUUUAUGUUAUUUUGACAAACAAACUUUUAUUUUAAUCAGAAUAAAUACAAUAUAAAACUUAAAAUACAAUAAGUCUUUUAAUUCAUUUGUUGUUGCUGCUGGUUGUUGGUGUUGUGCAGAAUUCUUUCAUUUCGCUAAUGAUGUCGUCUCACGCCAAAAUAUUUUUUUUUUUCAUUUUUCGAACUUCCACUUCCCGGUUGCACAUUGAAAAUCGCGACUUUCAAACACAACAUUUUUCAUAUUUCAUUUUUCAUAGUAAAUUUUACAUAUUUUUGUAUUAUUAUUUAAUAUAUUUUAAAAACAAUUCACUAUACAAGACACGACACGAGACACUUCACAAAUGGAAUAACAAAAUGACGCUGUUUUUUUUUUUGCCCUUGUCUUUCCUACGUUCUUUUUUCCUUUUCACUAUUUUUCACCACGCUUCUCCAUCGACUUUGUGUUCAUACACAAAAAGUUGCAAGUGUGUGAGUGCAACCCCGUUUUUC